GAUUAAAUUCGCCUACAUCUCUUCACUUUUAUUGUCAAAAAAAAUUCUAUUUUUAAAUGAAAUAAGGACUUAAAAAAAAUUGAAUUUCCAGGGGCAUAUAAGUGUAUAUUCGAACGUAAUAAUGCAGUCAUCAAAAUAUCUAUUUACACGUCUUAUUGGGCGAUUAAGUGCGCGUUUAACCGUUAAUCGUCAAACCCAUCGCGAUCAAGUGUUGGAGCGCAUUGGAAAACGUGAAAUUGUCGGCUUUGGUUGGAAUGGAUCACCUGGCUAUCAUGACCGUUUGGAUUAUCCAAUGCCACCUAUUCGUUUUCGCGAACCUGAUCCGGAGAUUUGUGCUUUGCGCGAAAAAGAGACUGGAGACUGGCGGAAAUUGUCUAUUGAUGAAAAAAAGCAGCUCUAUCGAUAUAGCUUUCGUAAAACAUUUGCUGAAAUGAAAGCGCCUACUUCUGAUUGGAAGUUUUCUGUAGGUGCAUGCCUAAUUGCUUGCGCUAUAGCCAUAUGGAUAUCGCAGUCCUAUGCUCAUGGGGUAUAUCCAGAUUAUCCAGAAACAUUUGAGGAGAAACGGCGUAGUGCACAGUUAAAGCGUUUCAUUGCUCUAGAAGCUAACCCAAUUACUGGUUUGGCAUCAAAAUGGGAUUACGAAAGAGACCGAUGGAAGUAAUUGAUGCAUACAUAUAUAUACAUAUAUAUAUAUAUAUAUAUAUAUAGAUAUAUAUGUAUGUACGAUAAUGUAGAUAAGCAGAGUAGGCAUUCAGGGGAAAUUUAAUGUAAAUUAAAUGCAAUUCCAUUUUUGCACAAUAUGUAUGUAUGUUUAUUUAUCACGUUUUUGCAUUAUUGACGACAUAAAACUACUUUGUAUGUAUGUAUGUAUGUAUGUAUUUUUGUAUAUUUAUAGUGAGCAAUGCAGAACUGAAAUACAAAUGUUUACUUAUUAAAUAUCAUGAAUAUUUGCACAUAUUAUCUUUGUGAGGGGUUGGAUUUUUAAUAAAAAUAAUACAUUCAUUAUCAGUUACUUUUUACAAUUAAUAGUCGACAUAUGUAUAUAAUGAUGUAUGUAUGCGUAUGUGUGUUUAUAUUACAAUAUUUAGAAAACAGAGAAUACAAGAGCUCUUUUUUACAUUUCCGCAAAUUAAAUCCUAACGGGCACAGACAUGUUAAAACCAUUUUUUACUUAUUUAUGAUACAAAAAAUAAAAAACAAGCCAAGAUUUGUUAAUUCAUGCAAAUCAUAAUAAUGAAGAUUUCUGGCACACGACAAAUACAUAUUCUUAACAAAACUUCGGGACUGAAACAUUGAACUUUUAAGCACAAUCUGUGGCUGAAGCAUAGUAAGCACGCUCAGUAAUUUGGAGAUUUUUAUUAUUUACUCGGAUCUUAUGAUGGUUUUGUCGAAAUUGUUGCUGGGAUCCCUGCUACUCUGGGAAGUGGCAACAUUUUCUAUUUAGAAUAACAGAAAACUGCUGUUGUUGCUGUUAUAACGGCAAAAAUAUUACUCAAAGUAGUUUUUGGAGUAUAUUGCGGGAGUGGCAUUGGCGUCAUUGGCCGUUUAAAAAAUCAGGGUCGUUCCGUUAUAAAGACCCGAAUGUCUCGGGAACUAUUGGAUUUUAGUCGCCUCUUACGACAGUCGCCCCUCGGCAACGAAUGGCAACCUCUUCGUAUGUAUUUUGGACAUAUAAAGGCUCAUGAAGGAAAAAAUGCCAGAAAAUGAGAGCAACCCCUUUGCAUGAUUGUGACAAUUUCCAGGCAAGCAACAACAAUUAGCUGACACAUUUUGGACUAAAAACUUGUUAAAAUUAUCAGAGAUGCAAAGAUUUCAUUCAUCAAUAUAAUAACUUUAAUUUCCGAUGGAAAAUUUAUAUAGAUUUGCUGUUUAUUGAUUCAAAUCAAGAAUUGCAGAAAUUUGUGAAAAGUUUAAAUUAUUAAAUAUUUAUUGUAAAAUACUUUUGUAACGAAACAGUUUUUUGCGACUAAGAGGACAGUUCGAGUGAUUUUCACUCGUAAAAGUGCACUACGUUUGUUGGUAAAACUAAUUUGAACUAAAUUUGUAUAAACUCAUAAUAGUAAAAAAAAAAAAUUAAAAAUUAAAUUAAAAGUUUUUACUGCUACAUUUAACAUACAUAUAUAUGGAAACAAUUAUAUGAAGGUAGUAGUGAAUGAGGAAUGUAAUUAGAUAAUUGUUGCGAAUAUUAUUAAGUAUUUUUUAUUUAUUUACUACUAUACUAUAAGUAUUAAUAAUAGGAUUUGUAAACAUUUUUUGCCAAGUAUCACUUUUUAUUUUUAUAGCAUUUAAUCUCACCACUUAUGGGUGUAAAAGCUAACCAUAUACUAAACAAUACAAGUAUUUGCUUAAUAAUACACAUUACAUCAAACGUUGAAACGAUCAAUAUUGAACUGCCCUUCUUCUUUAUACAUAAUUGCAUCGAUUUAAAUAAAUAAUUGAAUAUUCUAACUUGCUUUAUACUUUAUUUUACUUUUAUAAUGAAUCAUUUUUAUUAUUAUUACCAUUAUUAUUUUUAAUUUUAUUAUUAGUAUUUUAUUAUUAUUAGUAUUAUUAUAAGAGAACUAAUAGCGCUCUAAACGCAAAUUUGUUCUUGGCAGUUUUUAUUUAAAUAGUUUCAUGAUUUAUUUUAAAUUUAAUAAUAUAAUGUUUUGCCAGUUUUUAUUUAUCUGUUGCAACCUGCCCACUACAGUCGAUUUAUGCCCUAACCUCGUUUGUUCACACCUCUACCUAUGCAUUAUGAAGAAAUGCAGAAACUUACGAAGUCAGUAGAAGUAAAAUUUCGACGCAAACACAUUCCAGUCUCGAUCGAUCUUAAAAUUUCAAUUAAAUUAACAAACUAGACUAACUGCGAUUAUUAUUGUACAUAAUGUGAACAUUGUAAUUUGUUAAUUCAAAGUGUCUACCUUCGUAACUGCAUCGCAUUUCUUCAAAUAAUUAUCUAUUUUAUUAAGAAAAAAAAAUCGGAGUUGUAGUCUAAUGAUUCAGCUGAGGAGAGUGAAUAGUUAAGAACAGAAUUAAUGAAAAGAAUUCUUUUUUAAGGUGCUGUGAGAAGUAGAAAUUUUCACACAAAUUAAAUUUCUAGUGCUGCAUUAGUAGUUUUCAUAUAUUUUUUUAAAAUUAUUUGCCAAAAAUUUGAGUAUUGUCAAUAAUACUAUACUAUAUAAGCUAAUUUCCAAACAAAUUAAAAUUCAAUUUUCUUGAUAUUUUUCAUGCUAUGGUGACUGCUUUUGCAAUUAAUUUUCGAAAAUUUAAACUUUUACAUGCAAUUUGAAAUUAAUUAAUUGCUACGUCUGACGGCAUCUUUACUUUCUAAUUAAAAAAAAAA